AUGCAGUCGUUCAGUCAACCAAUCCCUCGCUGCGUCCUGGCUCAAAGUUACCUAGAAAGCAUCGACCGAAACAGUACCAACAACAAUAACUCUGCAACUCAACAUACGCACGGUGGUGGACUUGUGCUUUUGGAUGAUCGGAACUCGGACUUGGACGACCAGUACCAACAACUAGUCCACCUCAAUGGAGCACAGGGUCGACACAACAACAGCAAUAGUCAACACUAUCAGCAGGAUGGAAUCGUGCAAUUGAAGCAGCAGCACUACCUCCAGCAAGGGCAGGUCUAUUGUGGACGGGCGACCGCAGAAGAGGAAGACGAUCGCCUGCAGAAAUACAACGCUAGUCGAGAAUACAACCUCCAGCGUGUCGCCGCUUCCACAAAAUCGACCUCUCCGUCUUCCACUCUGUCAUCGUCUCUGUCAUCUGCAGUCUUUGCCAGGGCGAACCAGAACCAGCAUCCUUCCUCUCUUGUGCCUCCUCCUUUCCUGCAAGUGAGCCCACAACAUCAGCAACAGUUAAAUCAACGGCAUUUCCAGCAUAAUGGAGGUGCAUCCGGUGCAUAUGAACAUCCUACGCGUCACAGCCACCAUACCCAGCACCACCACCUCCAUCACAACCAAAUCCAGCAUAACCAUAACCACCAUCAGCAACAGCAACAGCGUUAUAGUCGAGCCGAUAUGAGUCGCCUCGAGGCCAAGUUCCCGCCAUUGCACGACUCUGCCGACGACUCUUCUUCUUCUUUAACAACUUCCUCAACAACAUCACCAGCAGCGGAAGCAUUCAUGUCGGCACUCGACCAAGGAAUUCAACGCCCCUCUUCUCAUGUGGGACUCGCGGUAUCUCCCAAACCCACCAGGCCUCAGCGCCUGGUCCCACCACCUAUCCUCAUCCCCAAGGAUAUCAUGCAACAAAACAAACUGGUGGUAGCCGCCCCCAUGAUGGCUCAGAACCAGAACCAGCAGCACCUCCCAUCCCCUGUCCCAUCUGCCACCUCCCCAGAGUCCCCCUCCAGCCUUGCGAUCCACCUCUACGUCCACCACCAUCAUCACCACCACUCCCAAGAGUCUUCGUCUUCUUCUGCAGUGGUGCUUCAGGAUGGAACUACUGCCCCAUCUUCGUCCGGUUCUGCAUCGCUCUCUCCUAGCAAUGACUCUGCACCGAUGGUCCUCUUGUCGCCAUUGACGUUCCCACACCCAUCCAUGGACCAUCCCCUCUACCAGAAACAGCAGCAGCAGCAGCACCUGCAUGGAGCAACCAAAUCUGCGGCUGCGGCAUCUCUUCCUUCGCCUCCUCUAUCCAACCCAGAAAUUGAACUGCCCCAAUUACCAUCGCCUCCACCUGUGCAGCGCGUUUCGUUGUUACCUCCACUCAGCAUCCCAAGCGCCAACAACAACAGCAAAACAAACAAUGCGUUAUUGACACCUCCACCCUUGAUUGCCUCAUCCGCGACAAAGUCAGAUACCACACCAACCAACGACGAUACCACAUCCACCUUACCCUGGUUCAACCACCCCAACAGUCUCGCCAACACCACCACAAAGAACCAACCUAACAACAACCAUUAUCAACAAAGACGCCACCGCCAACAAAACCGCAACCACCAACCUCGCUCGCGACUCCCAGACCCCACACUAGCAAGCCAACUCCUCUCCACAAUCUCCUCCAAAGACCUCGCACGUUUAUACGUUCACGCCGCACACCACCUGCACUCCCACCAACCCAUCCGGCGAUACGUCAUGAUGAAGAUGAUCAUGACCCAGGCCGAACUCGCACAGUAUGGGCGUCUUCGCGCUGAGAUGCCUCGUGCCCCCGGUCCUUCGACAGGCGCCCAACCGAAACGGAACGGGUUUGGGUCCCCUGCUCAGUCUGGGUUUGAGUUCCGGCCCAAGAAAUCCUCGAGGUUGGGACGUUAUAUGUAUUCUGCGGCCGCUUUCGCUCCAGUUCCCGCUCCUGCCGCAAGGUGGGGAACAGCUGCUAGCGGUAGGAGUUGGGGAGAUGAGGAGGAUAUGGUGAUGGAGGUGUGGAACGAAAAGGCCGUCGUGACAAAGAAGAAAUCGACAAGCCUACCAUGGACACAAUCCCUCUCCUCUCUCGUAUCACUCACAAAACGCAAAUCCACUCCCUCGUCCUCAACAUCAUCAUCGUCAUCAUCAAAGCCCACAUCCUCAGUUUCAGAACCCAACCUCUAUUGCUCCAGCAGACGGCUUGAGGAACUGGAGCUCGGCCAUGAUCACCCGAGGAGGGCCAACGCCGUUUUACAACAACAGCAAAGUGGAAACAGGAGUUCAUCACGGAUACGACGCCGCGUCGUUGGUGGGGAAAGAAUGUACUCCGAAGACGACUAUGACAAUGGAGAAGGAAGUGAGGAUACUGAGACCAGCGACGACUUUGAGGGCGAAGAGGAGGACAAUUUCGAGGACGAGGAACUCGACGAAGAGCAGGAGGAGGAGGAAGAAAAACCAAGCACCUACUGGUCCAUGCUCAGAACCCGCAGCAACAAUAACCAGCCCCGGAAACGUGAUCGCCGUAACUCUUCUGCGACAGAUCAGCACCACAAAGAAGCGCGUCUCCACCUCAGCAUGCAACAGCAGGACAAAGAACACAACCCAUACUGCCAACAGCAACAAAAGAUCAUCUCACUACAACAACUCGACCCCCAAGUCAUCAUCUACACGUCCUCCACAAAGCCAAACACCUCCUCAACAACCAACAAAUCCAAAUCCUCUGCCCGCCGCAGAACAGCCUUGAACCACACCAACGACAACAACGGCUCCCUCGUACCUUCCUCGUCAUCCCCAUAUUCCUCUCCAAACUCCUCCUCCUCCUUUCACUUUCCAAACGGCACAAUCCUCCCAACAGGAUCCGGAUCUGCAACCGCCCCGUUCACAGAGACAUACGGCGUCUCGGGCCUGCUGAUGCUCGCCCUUUUCUUUGUCUUCCUUUUCCUCCUCGAGGGGACCAACCAAUUCUAUAAAGUCCAGUCUGCACUCCUCUCCAUCAUUCUUUAA